CUUUUAACAUUUUAAAAGUCAUGUACAAUACGGACAAAUUGCACUUGGUGGAAAUCAAAAACGGAUUAGUUGCUCCAAAGUACAAUGUUGCUUUAACAUCUAUGGAUGCGGCUGUAACCAAAGGAACUCCAAAUUGGAUUAUCUACGAAAUGGAGAAUUCGCUCGAUAAGAUUAAAAACAACAUUUUGUAUGACAACAAUAAAAACUGGUUUUUUGAUCGUGGAUAUACAUAUCACGAGGUGAAUUCGGGGUAUAUAGAGGUUCAACUCGCCCAACCGUAUUUGCUAAGUUCAAUGAGGAUGCUGCUUUGGGAUGACAAUAACGAUACCUACGGUUACACUGUUCAGGUUUCAGUCAAUCAUGAAGAUUGGGACUUGAUAAUAGAUAAAUCCAAUAAACCGUGCCGAUCGUGGCAGUUGUUGCAAUUUGAACAAAGGCUGGUAGUGUAUAUACGUAUUACUGGCGUUCACAGUUCACAUCCUAACAAUACUUUUAAUUUAAAAUAUUUGGAGGCACCCGCUCAAGUAUCGCUAGCUUUCAUCAUCAAAAAACCGUGGAAGUCGAUAUCGUGGCUAUUAAAUCGGAAAUAGCACCAC